AUGACUGCAGCCAUCGACUGGCUGGUUGGAUGGAGACAGGAACUCCCGCGCGAGUCGUGCAGCUGGUGCGUCGAACCCGUCCGUAUCCCGAUGCGCGACGGCAUCGAACUUAGUGGCGACUUGUAUGAGCCGGUCGGGUUACCCAAGGGAAUAUCACCAUCUGGACUACUAUUUUUGUUCACGCCAUAUGGCCGUGGGCUGCUCACCUCAUUGUCCUCGGGGCAUGCAUUUGCCGCUCGAGGCUACUAUGUCCUCAUCGUUAGUAUGCGCGGCACUUUUGGAUCUGAUGGCCUCUGCACUCCGGGCGAAAAUGAGGCAGACGAUGCUGCAGACGUCGUUACUUGGAUGAGACUCCAGGCGUGGUAUCCUGGUCGCUUUGGAACUCUGGGAGCGUCCUUCUGUGGCUGGGCGCAGUGGGCACUGCUGCGUGACCCUCCAAGAGAUUGUGUGGCUUCAGCAAUCUCAGUAGGCCCUUAUGAUUUCUGGGACUGGCACUGGGGAUCUGGCGCUUUUCGCCUUGAACGUGUGGCAUGGUCAAAUCUACUGACUCACCAAGAAGAUCCUGGCCUUCUUCCCGCCUUGCUGCACCUGCCUUCAAUCAAACGUUCUGCCGAUACCGCACUUGAGUCUCUCCCUGUGAGAGACAGUAUGGCAACUUUACUUGCGCAAGGAGAGUCAUCGGCAAUAGAUGCUGCGAUGAAGCCAUCUCCAGAUGACCCUUACUGGCUGAACAAGAAGCAUCAUGAGGCUAUUGAACGUGUCAGCGUCGACAUGCCACUACUGCUCACCAGCGGAUGGUACGAUACUUUUGCUCAGCAGACUCUGCGGCAGUAUCAACGCUUACAACAGCGUGGCUGUCAAGUCGAGCUGAUCGUCGGACCUUGGAAUCAUGGAGAAGCUGGCCAGGCAAAGAUUGGUCGAGACGUCUUUCGUUUCAUUGAGAGAACCGUCGGAGGCAAGCAGCUAGAUUCUGAACCUCCGACACUUCCGCAAGCCCACAUCUAUAUUUCUGGAUCCGAUGAGUGGAAAACUAUGGCAAUUUGGCCGCCGAAAUCUUCACCGCUUGUCAUGUAUCUGGAUGAUGACAAGAGUAUAUCGGAUCAGCCACCGACAAAGACGGCUAGUUCUACAUCUUUCACCUUUGACCCAGCAAAUCCAACUCCGGCCCUAGGCGGACCAUUACUGUUCCCAAUCUCAGGUCGCGUUGAUGAUAGUGCUUAUGCCACCCGCACUGAUGUACUUGCAUUUACUAGCCCUCCAAUUGAGGACGAUAAUGGUUUAUUGGUACUGGGUGUACCAUCAGUUCAGCUCAUGCAUUCUUCUGAUACUGGCCAUGCUGAUCUCUGGAUCCGGCUGAGCGAGGUCGACUUGAAAGGCGUGUCUCACAACAUUACAGAGGAAUACCGCGUAAUUGAUCCUGAGAGGAACCCUGAAACCCCCGUGACGGUUGAAUUACGUGAUUGUGCACAUCGUUUCCUCAAGGGAACCAGAAUUCGACUGGUCAUUGCUGGUGGCUCAUGGCCGAUAUAUGCGAGGAAUCUGGGCACUGGAGAAAACAGGAUGACGAGUCUAGAUAUGCGCUCAACAAAACACACAAUAUUACAUGCUUCGGGACAAUCACGAUUGAUCUUGCCUAUCCCACUACAAGGGUAA